AUGGCCGAUGCUGAAGUUUUGACUUGGUCGGAAGCGCACGUGCCAAAACGCCCGCAGGACAUCCCCCAGUCCGAGCGCGCGACGCUGAACCGCAGUGACCCGCGGGGCUGGAUGAGCGCGCACGCGCAUGCACCCGCCGCGGCCCGUCCCGGUCACUACGCAUUACGCGCCUCGCCGGACGUCACUCCGGACACCUCGCCGGACCCUGUCGCCGCCGUUGACCCUAAAGAGCACUCUUUGGGCGCCGCGCACAGGCACCGGCGAGUCGCGGCGAACGCGCGCGAGCGGCGGCGCAUGCACGGCUUGAACCGCGCAUUCGACCGCCUGCGCAGCGUCAUCCCGUCGCUGGAGAACGACAAAAAGCUGUCCAAGUACGACACGCUGCAGAUGGCGCAGAUCUACAUCGCCGAGCUGUCCGAUCUGCUCGAGGGCGUGGCGGCGCGUGGCACUGGGGACUCAUCGCGCGCGCGCCGGUGCUUCCAGACGCCUUGCGCCGGGUACGCUGUGGACGCCACGAUGACGACGACGACGCCAUCCGCCGCUCCGGUGACCGAAGGACACCUUGCGGCGUCCAACGGCAGCGACGGAGAGUCUUCACACUGCAGUGAUGCCGAGGAAGGACACACGGGAACUUAG